CUCAAAACAAACAGCGCGGGAAGUAGGAGAUACUCAAUACUACUGUAGGAAAAUAUGUCACCUUGGUAAAUAUCAGAACUGCUGGGAGCCCAGACCGGACAGGUGAAUUCCUCAUUGGGGUUUAAUGACAUGUUUCAUUGGAGGCAGGAACAGGACUGGCCAGAAUUAUCCACCAAACUGGGAAUUAUCAGACAUUGCACUAACAGGGCUAUCCACCAAACUGGGAAUUAUCAGACAUUGUACUAACAGGGCUAUCCACCAAACUGGGAAUUAUCAGACAUUGUGCUAACAGGGCUAUCCACCAAACUGGGAAUUCUCAGACAUUGUACUAACAGGGCUAUCCACCAAACUGGGAAUUCUCAGACAUUGCACUAACAGGGCUAUCCACCAAACUGGGAAUUAUCAGACAUUGUACUAACAGGGCUAUCCACCAAACUGGGAAUUAUCAGACAUUGUACUAACAGGGCUAUCCAACAAACUGGGAAUUAUCAGACAUUGUACUAACAGGGCUAUCCACCAAACUGGGAAUUAUCAGACAUUGUACUAACAGGGCUAUCCACCAAACUGGGAAUUAUCAGACAUUGUACUAACAGGGCUAUCCACCAAACUGGGAAUUAUCAGACAUUGUACUAACAGGGCUAUCCACCAAACUGGGAAUUAUCAGACAUUGUACUAACAGGGCUAUCCACCAAACUGGGAAUUAUCAGACAUUGUACUAACAGGGCUAUCCACCAAACUGGGAAUUAUCAGACAUUGUACUAACAGGGCUAUCCACCAAACUGGGAAUUAUCAGACAUUGUACUAACAGGGCUAUCCACCAAACUGGGAAUUAUCAGACAUUGUACUAACAGGGCUAUCCACCAAACUGGGAAUUAUCAGACAUUGUACUAACAGGGCUAUCCACCAAACUGGGAAUUAUCAGACAUUGUACUAACAGGGCUAUCCACCAAACUGGGAAUUAUCAGACAUUGUACUAACAGGGCUAUCCACCAAACUGGGAAUUAUCAGACAUUGUACUAACAGGGAUAUCCACCGAACUGGGAAUUAUCAGACAUUAUACUAACAGGGCUUUCCACCGAACUGGGAAUUAUCAGACAUUGUACUAACAGGGCUAUCCACCAAACUGGGAAUUAUCAGACAUUGUACUAACAGGGCUAUCCACCACACUGGGAAUUAUCAGACAUUGUACUAAAAAAGGGCUAUCCACCAAACUGGGAAUUAUCAGACAUUGUACUAAAAAAGGGCUAUCCACCAAACUGGGAAUUAUCAGACAUUGUACUAACGGGGCUAUCCACCAAACUGGGAAUUAUCAGACAUUGUACUAACAGGGCUAUCCACCAAACUGGGAAUUAUCAGACAUUCAAACUAAAUUCAGCUUCUGUUUUCCGUUUGGCUAGUGUAGCCUAGAAACUGAACGUUACUAUAAAUUAUCAACAAUUUGCUCUUUAGUGGAUAGACUGUGUAACUCCCAUUAAUACUAUUGAAGGUGUUACCCUUGCAUGACAUCUAAGAUAUACUCCUGUAUACCUGGUUUAAUAUAUCUGAGUCCCUCAGAGAACGGGGGCCCUAGGCAUGGUAUCGCUUUGGGGCCCCCAAUUCAUUCUCGCAUAGGGAUAGUGUAUAUGGGACCAAGCAAAUAUAUGGGUCUGGACCCUGGGCAGCUGCAUAAGGUCACCUUAUUGUUAAUUUGUUACCCCUGUCCUGGAGUCCAUGGGUAUGAUUGUUUAAUAUACAUGGGUCUGACUGUUUCUAAUAUGUUUUUUUUAUUUAUUUUUAAAAUCACUUUAAAUGUAGCAUACUGUGUUGUCACAUGCCUCAAGUUUCAGUGAUAUUUCAGUUGAUUGAAGGAACCAUGAAUGCCAACAGGUACUGUGACAUACUGAAGCAGAACAUGAUCCCCUCACCUCGGAGACUGGGCCGCAGGGCAGUAUUCCAACAUGAUAACGACCCCAAGCACACCUCCAAGACGACCACUGCCUUGCUAAAGAAGCUGAAGUUAAAGGUGAUGGACUGGCCAAGCAUGUCUCCAGACCUAAACCCUAUUGAGCAUCUGUGGGGCAUCCUCAAACGGAAGGUGGGGGAGCGCAAGUUUUCCAUUGUUAUACAGGCUGUACACUUACUACUUUUUCAUUGUAGCAGAGUGUUUGGGUCUGUUAUCAUGUUGGAAUACUGCCCUGCUGCUCAGUCUCUGAAGUGAGGGGAUCAUAUUCAGUUCUUCAGUAUGUCACAGUACAUGUUGGCAUAAAUGGUUCCCUCAAUGAACUGUAGCUCCCCAGUGCCAACAGCACUCAUGCAGGCCCAGACCGUGACACUCCCACCACCUUGCUUGACUGUAGGCAAGACACUUGUCUUUGUACUCCUCACCUGGUUGCCAUCACACACGCUUGACACCAUCUGAACCAAAUACGUUUAUCUUGGUCUCAUCGGACCACAGGACAUGGUUCCAAUAAUCCAUGUCCUUGGUCUGCUUGUCUUCAGCAAACUGUUUGGGGGCAUUCUUGUGGAUCAUCUUUAGGAGAGGUUUCCUUCUGGCACAUCAGCCAUGCAGACCAAUUUGAUGCAGUGUGCGGUGUAUGGUCUGUGCACUGACAAGCUGACCCCCCCCAUCCCAUCAACCUCUGCAGCAUUGUUGGCAGCACUCAUAAAUCUACUUCCCAAAGACAACCUCUGGAUAUGAUGCUGAGCAUGUGCACUCAACUUACUACUUUACAUUGUAACAGAAUGUCAUUUCUUCAGUGUUGGCAUAUGAAAAGAUAUAAUAAAAUAUUUACAAAAAUGUGAGGGUGUACUGACUUUUGUGAGAUAUUGUAGGUAAUCAUGAUAAAAAAAUAAAAUAUUCCAUAGUUAACAGGUUAUAGCACAAUGGGCAUGUUUAGCCUUUUGUUUAUUGUUUAUGUUUAUCUGUAAUGGUCAUGGUGUGUUUAUAAUACCUCUCCAAAUAAACAAAAUAAAGAGUAAUACAAAUAUUGCAUGUAUCAAUGUGUUUAGUGACUACUUUUAUAUUUCUCUUUUAAUCACAGGGUGAUUUUCCUGUGGAUCCACAGAACAGUAUGAGGCUCCCAUAGACAUGUUGUUCACAGGCGUGGGGAAAGUUUCUGGACUCCGGUGAUGCUUUUUCUGGCUAGAGGAUUUUCAUUUAGUACGCUCAGGUUUGCUACUCAACCUUGGAUUCGUUUCUGCUCUCGGGCAUCUGCCAAGAUGAUGUCGUCGAGGGGCUUGAUCCAGAAAGUUUUGUGCGUUGCAGAAAAGAAUGAUGCAGCCAAGAGUGUUGCAGAUCUCAUGUCUAACAGUAGAAUGAGAAGGGUAAGACACACACGCAGCAGUGGGCAAUGUGGAAUAAUGUGUUGUCCUUUUAUUGUAAAUCUUUGUUACUAAAUGGGCUUGCCACACUGAUUGAGCCUUUAACGUGUACAACUUGGUCUUAAAGGGACACUCCAAGCACCAUAGCCACGGCAGAUUAUUGUAUUAUAACAGCUUGUUGUAAUUAUGUUCUGUACUGGUGUUAUUUUACUUACACAAUAAAAGCACAUAUAUGUCUAAUAAUACAUAGGCAUAUAUAACUCCAUUUUAUAUAAGGAAGAACAGCCUAAAGUGACAAUGUAGGCACCCAGACCUCUUCAGCUCAAUGAAGUGAUCUGUGUACUGGCUCCCUGUUGCCCUUAGUGCUGCAAUGUAAAACAUUGUGAUUCCAGAGAUCUGCAAUUCUAAGUCUGGCGUCAGUGGCUGUCUACCAGGGAGGGACAUCUGCGCUGGAUUCAGGUAAGUGUUCUGACAAGAUGAUGGAAUAAAGAUUCAGAUUUCGUUCUAAUGGGGUUUGAAUUCUUUCAGCGCUAGAAAGGUGUACAAAGCAUUGAUUUAUGUUACACAAAUACACACAAAAGGGUUAAUUGGUGUUUGGGGGGAAAAGUAAUGUUUCUUUCUUUCUUUUAUCUUUUUUCCUUUUCCCUUCCCAUUUCAGAGAGAAGGAUUUUCCAAGUUUAAUAAGAUCUAUGAAUAUGAGUAUCAUUUAUUUGGAAAGGUAAAACGAUUGUAAUGAUCAAUAAACCUGUUCUAAAUGUGCUUGCAGGUUGUGGCGGGCUGUUAAUUUCUAAUAAUGAUGCCAAGUUAACAUUAAUAUUUACAUUUUGUACUGUUCUGCAGGAUGUAAGUGUUGUGAUGACCUCUGUGUCGGGACAUUUAUUGGCGCUGGAAUUUCAGAGUCACUUGAAAAAAUGGUUGGUAUGGACAGAUUAUCAAAAUAUAACUGCUUAUUGCGUUUCCUGAGAAAGACCUGGCCAUUCUUACCCCUCAUUUCUAAGUUAUUAUCAAAUUUAAAUGACAUCCAGAAUCCUGGGGUUUUUGAAUGUUCUGGAAAAUAAUGUAUAACAAAUUUAUUUUUAUUUUUUUAUGUCAGUAUCUUGAGAUCUCAAAUUAUGACAAAAUGAAUAUCUUUGUUGAGCUUUGUCAAACAGAGAGUGGGAAACCUUCAAGCUACAGAACAACAAAUCGCAGUGCAAUAUCAAUAUUGUUCUUUGCAAUAUAUUAAAAUGUUGAGAAACAUAAAUACAAGUAGUUGGACUAUUAAUACAUAUCUUAUAGUUUUCUUUUAUAAAACCGUUUUUCACCAAACGUGUAUUAUUUAUGUUGCGCACAAAGUAGGUAGAUAGUUCACUUAAAAAUUUGUUAUUGAAAUAAUGCAUUAUAGAAUCUAUAAAUUAAUACAAACCCCUUAGCCUGAAAGGUCAGUGGCUGCUGAAUACACAUAGUACAUACAAAUGUCUACAGAGACUAUAAAAACGAGUACUUUUUCUAAGUGCAUUUUCUCACAUUGGAUAGCAUAUAAGAACAAGUCUUAGCUGGGUGUUUACCCCUGCAAUAGUGUGCUUAAAGGGGCACUCCAAACACACAAAGCACUUUCCACCCCUUGCUUUAUGUGUAAAGAGUGUGUCCUUUUAAUUUUACAAAAAAGGUAGAUUUUUAUUUUUGCAUGUUUACAAAUGUCUUAUAAAUGUAGGUUGCCUCUAAAAAUCCACUGAUGGCUUAAUCACUAAGCAGUGAAUUUAAAAUCAAAUUGCCCAUGUUAGACUUACAUAUGCAGACCUGACUGUGGCUACAGCUAUGUUUGGGGGGGGGGGGUUGUUUUGUGUUUUUUAUAUCCUUUAGUUUGGUCUUAAUUUAAAGAUCCAUUUCCCUGUGUGGUGAAUACAGCAAAUUGGGUACAUGUCCUAUAGCUUUAAAUACGUCUCUUGGGUUUAGGCACAGCUGUAACCCGGUGUCCCUGUUUGAUGCAGAAGUUGAGAAGUAUUGCCCAGAGGAUUAUGUCAACAUAAAGGUAUGUUUUAUGUUUGAAAUUGCAGAGCAAGGAGCUGUUUAGGAUUUAGUUCCAUUUUCCAUAGUUUGAUUGUGUAAAAGAGUUUUGGGAUUUUCUUCUUGGUUGUUAAAUAAAAAAGUGUAUUUAAAGGAAAUUUUAAACUUGGGCCAAAUGACUAUAUUGCUAGUUUUCAGGGUUAAUCAUUAAAGGCCGAGCUUGAGUCUGUUUAAAACCUACAGCAAUCUGAUAUAGUACAGAGCGCUCUGCAGACACUGGUUGGUGGAAUUCUGGAGAAUGUAGGAGACAACAGCAUUAUUGCUCAUGUUGAGUGCCCGGCUAUGAAAGAAUAUGUGUAUUUUGGGGUGUCUGGUCUAUAAUUGUAUGUCUGUGAUUUUAGAGGACUUUGGAGAGGGAGGUGCGGCAGUGCCAGGCGCUGAUUAUCUGGACUGACUGUGAUCGAGAGGGUGAAAAUAUCGGCUUUGAGAUCAUCGAUGUUUGUAAAGCAGGUAUGCAGCCACAUGUGUAAGGCCAAAAGUAUCCAUAAUGACACGUUACUGCUUUGCUCAGUUUCCACACUUCUCCCUUAGUUAUGUGGGCAUCUGCAUUUAUUCAAAACCAUUUCUACCACCAAUGCUCUUUACACCUGCCUUCCCUUAUUGUUCCAGUGAAAUCGAGCCUGCAGGUUUUUAGGGCUCGUUUUUCAGAGAUAACCCCACGCUCUAUCCGUAUGGCUUGUGAGAACCUGACACAACCCGACCAGAACAUCAGCGACGCUGUCGAUGUGAGAAUGGAGCUUGAUCUGCGAAUAGGUGGGUGAACACCGAACAUGGAUAUUUUUAUUGUUGAUUUUCUCUGCAUCCAGUCUUCACAGCACAAAACAGUGCUGCUAAUUCCAGAAUCUCUCAAUGAAUCAGUCUGCUUCCUGGCACACACAUCCAUACAGAAGGCAUCGCUGUCCUCUCGUACCUGUAGAAUUAUUCUAGAAGCUCAAUAUGUCUCUCGUGUAAAACGUGCCCAUUGUGUCACACUUAGGUGCUGCCUUCACUAGGUUUCAGACUCUACGUCUUCAGAAAAUCUUCCCAUCUGUGUUGUCCAACCAGCUGAUCAGCUAUGGCAGCUGCCAGUUCCCUACUUUAGGAUUUGUGGUUGAGAGAUUCAAAGCCAUUCAAGCCUUUGUUCCAGAGACUUUCUACAAAAUCAAAGGUACUUUUGUAAAAGUGACAUACCCCAUGAUACUUAAACAGCUGGAGCUGCCCUCUGUGCAUUGUUUUGAUUCAUACAUUUUUAAACUUGAUAUUGUAGCAACAAGUAAAACAAAUCAUGUUUUAAGAGCAUACACACAAACAGAUAAAACAUAUCUUUUUCUCAUAUACAACACAGGAAAGUCUAUUAGGCAGCAUAAUAAAAAUGGGCAUUAUGUCAUGUAGGACAGAAUGUGAGGGCUUUACUUUAUUAGUGAUGGUAUCACUUUCUCAAAUAGCAAGGUUCUUCCACAUUUACAGUAAGGGAUGGCUUUGUGCACAGCUGCUAUUUACCAGAAAGGAUACUUUUAGAUUUCUUUUGGUUGUCCUGGAAUUUUUCUCCUCAGUAUUUCAAAUUGUUUUCUUUAAGUUGGAUUUUGUGAGUUCACACAUCCGUGGCAUGCUUUGGAAUUCUCCACAUGGUACCCACUUUGAAUUAGGUAGAGUGCUGUGUUGGCAAAUGUGUGUUUGCCUUAGAAUGAUGCUCACGGUCUGUUUAAUUUGGAUCAUCCGAUUCUGUUUUUUAUAUAUGUAUAUAUACUUAAUAAAUAUACUUAAUGUUAUUUGCUUGUCUCUUAGUAACUCAUGAACACGAAGAUGGAACUGUGGACUUCAACUGGAAACGUAACCGUCUCUUUAACCACACCGCCUGCCUGGUUUUGUACCAGAUCUGCAUGGAGGUUAUUAUCACACAACACGACCAAACAUGUAUUGAUUCUUACUGUUACAUAGCAACGGUUUAUUCAGCAGCUGUACACAGUGGGAAUAUAAACCUGGGUAUCUCACGACUACCUGUAGGGUUUCUUGUCAGUCUUGUCAGAAAAUUGUAUAACAUAUGCAACUGUUAGAACUCCCCAAAAUGUUCUAUAGUGUUCCCUUUAGGUGUGAUCACAAGAUAUUCCUAUGUACACUUUUUUCAUUUAUGUAGUUUGACCUUUUUUUUUUUUCUUUUUUUUUUCUUUUUUUCACCCAGGAUGUGCUAAUAUGUUGUUCUGUUUGUAGGAUCCAAUCGCAACGGUUGUUGAAGUGGGAAGCAAGCCUAAAAGCAAAUGGAGACCCGUGGCUCUUGAUACCGUGGUACGUACUGUAAAUUCUGGCCAUUUUACUGAGCUAUCUAGUCUAUGGAAUGUCCGCUGCUCGAACAUGCUAAACUGGGUGAGCAUCAUGGGUAAUGUAGUCCAUAACAGCUACAGUACCAAAUGCUGGCCACCACGGCAUUGAUUGCUUGUUUUUAUGUAGUAUACACUGUAUAACAGUCAUAUCUUCAAAAUGGUAGUGAAAGCGGACAUUUGGUUCGUGGGCACAAUUCCUUUCCCAGGUUGAUCUAUUCUUCAUCAUCACCCUCCCACACACAUCUCCUUUUUUCUUUUGUCUAUGCAGGAGCUGGAAAAACUGGCUUCUCGCAAACUGAAAAUUGGCGCCAAGGAAACGAUGAAAAUUGCUGAGAAGUUGUAUACCCAAGGGUAAUUCAGUGUGGUUUUAUGGGCAUAGUGUUUGUAUUAUGUUUUAGUGUAAUUGGAGGUUUGGUCAAUAAAUUGUAAGUUGGUGAUCAUUAUGUUUAAUGUUGAAAAUGUAGGCUAAAGUCAACAAGCUAUAGAAUAUCUCAAACUCGACUAUGUGUCCAUUUUAGUUAUUUUGGCAUUUUGUUAUCAGUGCCCCAUUAAUUAGAUAUACUUAUUGUGAUUAAUAUCAACUAAUUUAUGGAAGCACAUUAACAAUGGGACAGAGCAGCGGAAAAGAAAUUGAAUAGAUUCACUCAUUGUGCGAAGCCAUACGCAUAUGCUGGAUUCCAAGAACGAAGGAGACAUGUGGUUGGCACUUGGUGAGAUGGGGGAUCUGAAAUGCAUUCUUCUGGACAGAGGGAUGUAGAGGGGGUAGCAUGAUACAAUUUUGAAAGUUUAAAUCAAUAUUUGUAGGAGAGUGUGAUAAACCAGGGAUUUCAGGCCUAGAUCAGCCCAAAUAUUAAAUGUUACUUUUAACCAGCUUGAAUAAUGCACUGCACAAUUUAUUUUAUUUUCUAGGUACAUCAGUUACCCCCGCACUGAGACCAAUAUUUUCCCCAAAGAUUUAAACUUGACAUCAUUGGUUGAGCAACAAACGCAAGACCCUCACUGGGGUAACUUUGCACAGCGGAUUUUGGAAAGGGGUGGGCCAACCCCUCGAAAUGGCUCCAAAUCAGAUCAGGCCCACCCUCCCAUUCACCCCACUAAAUAUGCCGGCAACUUGCAGGUGUGUGUCUUGUAAACAUGAUCAAUCACUCUGUCAUUUUCUGAAUAUGAUCUAAUCUCUAAGCUGGAAAUUACAGAGACUUGAUACGGGAAUUCCAGAUUGUAGGAAAGAACAGCUGAACUGGAAAUCUAGAGAGAUUAUAUUUUUCUUAAUUUGACUAUUUUAGCCUAUAAUGUAGGACACCAUUCACUCCCUAUAAUAUCGGAGAUGCAGUUUAUAGUGUGGUUACAUUGUUAGCAUGUAGCUGCUCAUUACAGAAGUUAGAAAAAGCUAGUACUUUCACAAGGUAAAAGAAAACUGGACUUUGCAAGUUAUAGAGUCCUCUCUCCUCAUACUAACCUGAUUUACCACCUUAACAACCAGGUUUAGGGAAAUCCCUUUAUGUGAUGUCAUUCAUGGCAUUCCAUUUAUUACAUUGUGGAGUUAAUAAUUUCAUUACAUUGAGAAAUUAAAGGACUACUUCAGCUCAAUGAAGUGGUCUGAGUGCCAGGCCCCCCUAGUUCUAACCCUGCAGCUGAAAACAUAGCAGUUUAAGAGAAACUGCUAGUUUACAUUGCAAGGUUAAUCCAGCCUCUAGUGAGAAAAUCGCACUGAAAUGACGCUGGACGUCCUCACGGAGUCCAGCGUAAUUUCAGAUCCCCAUAGGAAAGCAUUGAGUAAUGCUUUCCUAUGGGCGGGUUUGAAAGCGCGCCUCUGGCCUCGCAUACGCAUUUGGAGUGGACGUCAGCAAGGGGAGGAGAGAUCACCAGCACUGAGGGAGCCCAGCACUGGAUUAAGGUAAGUGGCUGGCUGGGGGGGAGGGAGGGUAUAAACCCUAUAGUCCCAGGAAAAUGGGCUUGUUUUCCUGGCACUAUAGGAUCCCUUUAAUAAAUUCAUUACAUUGAGGAGUUAAUGAAGAAGCAGGCUGUGACUAUAUUUGGAGACCAUUUCAAACACUCUUCAAGGCUAAUCUAGAGCUCCUAGCCUUGCUAUGACUAACCUUAGCAGCCGUAUAUCUUUGGGAAUUCUAGAAAUUCCAUGGUACUCAGCCAGUGUUAAGGCUUGUCAGGCAUCAUGGGAAAUCUAUACAGUUAGAUGCCUUUGUUCACAUACAGUAGGUUCUGAACGCAGUCACACAGGAUGUUAGAAAGUCACUGGCUGUGAAUUGGCUGAUCAGAGUCUUUUGAUGAUGGGUUCCGGAUUAAUGUUUUUCUCUUUAAAAAUGUGUUUUCAAAUUACUACUUCUCUUUAAGUUUUUUUUUUUUUUUUGGUCAUAUUUAAAGAUUAAUGCAUCUGUUUUUGUUUCUGUUUACGAUUGGAAAAGUUGGAAUUAGUUCAAAUCAGACCUAAUUUAAUCUCUACUCUCCCAUGUUCAGGGCAAUGAGCAGCGCAUCUAUGAAUUUAUUGUCCGUCAUUUCUUGGCCUGUUGCUCCCAGGAUGCUCAGGGGCAGGAAACCAGUGUGGAGAUUGAAAUUGCUGCUGAGCGGUUUGUGGCUCAUGGGCUGAUGAUCAUCGCCAGAAACUAUCUGGACGUUUAUCCAUAUGACAAAUGGAACACAAAGGUGACACACCUUCUGGAGGAGAGAAACCCAGUUAUUGCUUUUGAAAUCCUUUUCUGCUGAGCAGCGAUAUGGGAUUUGUCAUGUAGUACGUCUGUCUGCAUAUUUAAUUCCAUAAUGGAUAUUCUAGGAACCAUAACUCCUAUAAUGCACUGUACUGGUUUGUGGUGCUACCGCGUUUCCCCGAAAAUAAGACAUCUCCAAAAAUAAGCCCUAGCCGUUUGCUAAUCUGCGUUUGGGGAAUUUUCCCCAAACAUAGAUUUGAGGAAUUCCAUUCGCUAGUAAGUUUAUCUAUGUUCGGGGAGGUUUCUCCGAACAUAGAUACGCAAGAGUCCAUUCACGAGUGAACUAAUCUAUGUUCGGGGAAGUUUCCCCAACAGGAUUCCAUGCCCUAGUGAAUUGGUCUAUGUAUGGGGGAAUUCCCCUUGUAUGUAGACCUGCAUUCUAGCACAUGUUUUUCCCCCAAAAAAAUAAGACCACCCCCCCAAAAAAAAGCCCUAGUGGGAUUUUUGGGGUAAAAAUUAAUAUAAGACCCGGUCUAAUUUUCGGGAAAAGACAGUAGGAGUACUCUGGUGACAUCCAAUAAUAAACUAAACCCUGUAAGGCAUAUUAUGCCAGAAAAUAUGAAUAUUAUUCUAUUACUCACAUUGAAGGUCACAACUAAGAAAAAAUUGUAUCACAUCCAUUUUUGUAGCUAUUUAAAACCAAAUAGCAGGGGGAGGGUGGGGGGGAAUUGUGACAUUGAGAAAAGUUGAGAUAGCAAGUUGUUCAUUGACACCCAAAUGCCUUAUUAGACAAUGGUCUAAUUCAAUUUUCGACUUCAAAACACUUAAACUUCUUUAGCAAAGGCAGUAAACAAAUAGAUUUGGUUGAUUCUGCCAAGCUAUAAAAUCUAGUGUGUGCUUACUCAAACAAUAGAGGGUUUUCCAUCUCAUGAUGAAUGAGAAGAAGACUCAAAGUCCAGAUUACAAGCCCUCUUGUGAGAGUAAUAAGAAUGGGGGUUAAUAUUGAAUGGUCUGACUGAAAUGAAGUCAGGAUUGAUAUUUUAAAGUAUGUCUGAAAGGCAAAGUAUAAUCAUUAUAUUAUAGUAUAGCAUGUAAGCUCUCAAACGGUGUACAAACGGUUUGGCACAUACUCCGUUCUGUUAGGCUUUUAGUCUGCACUGAUAGGAUAAUGGGGAAGUUCAUACAUCUGCAUAUCUUCAUGUAUUGCCUGCAAUAAUUAAAUGAGAGGGGCAUUCUAUUUUGAGGCACGAUAUUUAAAAGCUGAUUUGCUAAGACAUAUAAUGUGGUCGUUGAGAGGUUAAAAUGCAACAUAUUUUCUCUCCCUCCAAAAGCAAGCCAAUGGCAGCUACAAACAACUUCUAUACUUAUAGACUGCAUAUUUAUCGGAUCUGUUAUUUUAUUGGUAACUGGCUUAUCAAAUCAUCGCAGGUUUGCAAACGGACCGGUCUUUCAAAAAAAAAAAAAAAUCACACUAGAAUCUUCCAGUUUAGUUUUUUUGGGUUUUGUUAUUGUUUUGCGGAUAAAUUAGUACGACCGCUACAGCAUGUGCCUGUCUUUUAUACACAGCUUGCAGGUGCCGAUUAUUUGUCGUUCCUAAAAUCUGUUUGUUACUUUAGAUUAUUCCUGUAUAUGAAAUGGGUGCCAGAUUUCAGCCCACCACAGUGGAGAUGGUAGAUGGGGAGACAAGCCCACCCCAACUACUAACUGAAGCAGAUCUCAUUUCUCUUAUGGAGAAACAUGGAAUAGGUGAGUUGCAACAAGCAUUAAGGCACAUUCAGGAUAUUAGGUCUACCAGUGACAUUUGUAAAAAGUAUUUUCCUACCCAUACAGUAACAAAUAUGUAAAAGGUUUUGUUUUGCUGUAAAUACCAAUGCUGGCCUGCCAUGAUCAGCAUUAAGCAUGUUAAAUACAUUAUUCUGUUCCUUUUAUAACUAAAUCAGAAGUCAAAGUUUUAAUAACACUAAUUAAAAAGAACAGAAACUUAUUUCUCUUAAUCUGUGCAUGUGUGUGCAAGUCUCCCCAUUACAGGUAAAUCGUGUUUGUUUGUUUAUACUCUCUAUAGUUUUAGGAAAUGUUUCGAGCGAGUAGAACCUGCUUUCUGACCCUGCAACCUUUCCAUUUAGUAUAUAUUGGCUUCUACUUUUAUUUUGUAAUUGGCUGUGUCCUGUUAUUCAUUCAGAUUGAUUCCUGUUGGAGUUUCAGAUUGCUUAUUGCUUGUAUCCCUGCAGGUACUGAUGCUACACAUGCAGAGCACAUUGAGACCAUCAAAUCACGCAUGUAUGUGGGUCUCACGGCAGAACAGAGAUUUCUCCCUGGAGAGCUGGGGAUGGGGCUGGUGGAAGGUGAGAUUCCCCAUUCCCACGUCUACUAAACCAAUAAGAGGAUUAUAUGUAAAAAAAAAAUGUUUGGGGGGUGUGAGACUUUUACUGGUUGCUCCAGCCUGCAUACCCACUUCCACCUUUAGAAGCACUUAUGGUGGAAGGAAUCUGUAUGUGCAAUGAUUCGGCUUGAAAUGCUGCACUUAAAGAGAGAGAUCCACUUUUGUGCCAAGGGCUAGUUACACCCCUGGCAUACGUGAACAGCUGCCUAAUGUUAAUUCUGUGAAAAAUUACAUCUGUCGUCGUGCACACUGUGCACUUGCAACAGACUUAAUAAGCAUCUACAAGGGGAAUCUUGUAUCUCUGCACCUUACAUUGACUGUUGUUGGUCCCGGUAAAUUUUAACCUAAUUUAAUGGGGGAUUGACAUUGAAAUAAUAUUAGAAAGAGUUGGAGUAACCCUUUAAGGAGUUUGAGACAGCCUCCUCUUACUAAGAGGUCACUUGAACUCUCUAAUUCUUUACUUACAAACCAUUCACACACCCUCCGAAAAUAUAAAUUGACAAAUUACAUUUUCUUCCCAUGUACAAGACUCAUAUAGCCACAACAAAUAUACUUACCAGUGACUAACCUAAAAUAUAAUGUUCUGUAAAAGUACCUUAAAAAUAUGGCGCAUAAUCACUGCUCCUUAUUGUUCCUAAACUCCCAGAGUCUGCUUAGGAACCUGGAUAUUGAAAUAUGAAGUAGACUUUAUUACCCUUUCUUUGCCAUUCCAUAGGAUACGAUUCCAUGGGCUUCGAGAUGUCCAAACCAGAUCUUCGUGCUGAGCUGGAGUCUGAUCUGAAGUUGGUCAGCGAAGGGAAGAAGGACAAAUUCACGGUUCUAAGACAGCAAAUCCAGAAGUAUAAGCAAGUCUUCAUAGAUGCAGUAGAGAAAGCCACCAAGUGAGUCUUUUUGUGUGUGGGCAUAUUUUGGGUUUAAUUUAAAUUUACUUGGGGAACCUUAAUGUCAGAUUCCUUAUUAGCUGUGGUAACAUAAAUAAUCUUAGAGUUGAGUAGGAUUUUGUUAGAUAUUGAGAGACUAGGAGCCAGAACAGGGUGGAAAGUUUGAUGAAAGGCAGUUGCUCAGUGCUCUCCUACCCAGGCAGUAGAGCACUGCCACCACAGACCUACAAUUCUCGACAAGCCUUAGAGAUAAAGCAGAUUAUUUACAGUGUUCCAGUAUGGGGAAUGUGGUAAGUGAUAUGUCUUGGUGCACACUUAUUGUGCAAUGAACCCAUAUAUUUCUUUUACUCUUCAAAGGCUGGACGAGGCUUUGUCGCAGUACUUUGGGCAAGCAGCGCAGUCUGUCCCGCAGCAGGAGAUCUACACGGAGACUCCCCUUCCUGUACGGAAAUGCCCACAGUGCAACAGGGACAUGGUACUGAAGACAAAAAGAGAUGGAGGGUCAGUGACUAUCUAAACAUACAGCAAAGGGAUUUCUAAAGUAUCUCUCAAUUAAUUCAUGAAAUAAUCUUCUGAUAUUUAUAGGUGUGCUGGCCAAAGCCCACUUGAAUAAUGUUCUGUACUAACUGUACAUUUAGAAAGCUGACAGCUGGCCUUCAACUCCCAUAAAUCUCUGCCAGAUAGCCUCUCUGUAAAAUGUAUUCAUAAUGAUCAGGUACAGUUAUAUAACUGGAGCAUAAAUGGAAACGCUGAUGGUUGGGGAGGGGUUCUACACUACUAACCCAGCUUUAAAAGUUACUUGCCACUGCAAGUCCAUGGCACACUCACCAGGGGUAAGUGUGGGUGGCUGAAGAAUGACUAUGAAAACAUAGCAUCAGUUUGGGUCCAGUAACUUUCUAUGUGGAAUGGUCAAAAUGCAAAAAAGGUUGAAUUUCCUUAAAUUUCUGAAUGACCUCUUUAAAGAAAUGUUCUUUGUAUGUAAUGUGGCAACAAAACAUUAGUUUAUUUAAAUAGUUACACAUUGUGUUUUUUUUCUCUCUCCCUAGUUUUUAUCUGUCUUGUGUGGGGUACCCAGGCUGCAAAACGUCUGUGUGGUUUCCCAGCUCUGUCCUUGAAGUCUCUCGAGAUGACAGUAUCUGCACAACAUGCGGGCCCCAUCCAGUCCACAGGUGAUGGAACACCCUGCAAAGCAUUCAGCUCUGGAACAUUAUAUUGUAAAGGAAUUUCUGGGAUAUUUGUGUAUAUAGUGUAUUUCAAAUUUAAGGCCAAACGUGAAACCUAAAAGACUUGGAGAAUUCUGCCAAGCUUGAUGAUUUGGGCCUUCUAUUUGAAAUUCACUUUGACUUCCUUACAAUGAGUACUUACAGGGUAAUUCACUAUAGUGAGAAUUGCAGGGAAUUCAAAGUGAAUUUCAAACUGAAGGUCGAAUCGGAAGCAUAGCUAACUGUGAGAAUCUUUCUGGCUCAGCUAUUUUGAUCUAACUUUUAUUUUUUGAAUUCAUUAUUUUUGCAGUGCAUAGUUUGAUGCAUAAGCUCUCUUAGACACUGCAUUGGUGAAGCCAGCUAUCAGAGUCUAGGACAGCAGUUAAAGGAACACUGUCACAUGUGGGGUUUUAUACAAACCAUAAAUAAUAUAGAGCUAUUUUUCUUUAUUUUAUUAUUUGCAUUGUAUACAUGGCUUUCCUAGUGCAUCCAUAUCAUGUAAAUACAUAUACCUGCCAUGGUACAGAGCAUGAGCGUGAAUGUGUUCAUAUGACAUUUUUUAUCAUAAUUUUUUUUUACCUAGAAGGAUGCAUUCAGAUUCCUCUCACUCUCAAAUGUGACCUGGAGAGCGCAUUCACACACAUUGUUACACUUGUAGUUAGAGACAUAUAAGGUACAUUUACAGAUACCUUGGUCCACGUAAAAUUAUAAAUGAGCAUUGAGUGUCCGGAACACAUACAUGCAUUUCUGACACUGUAGUCCUGAAGUGGUUGUUUAGGUGACUGCCCCCCUCUCUUUGUAGUAAAAAGGUGAAUUUACUCCCCUUUUUUCCACGCCAUGCCAGUCUUGCCAUUGCUGGCUUCGCCUGCAUGGCUUAGAUCAUUAAACUUGAUGAUCUCAACCAAUCCAGUGCUUUACCAUUGGAAAGCAUAGGGAGACUAUUGCGCAUUUGUGGUAAAACUUUGCAUCUCCUUAUUGAUGCAUCUCUAUGGGGAACGUUCAGCGUCCCCAUGCAGAGCGUGGAGACACUGUGCAGCACUCACCCAGGAAGCACCUCUAGUGGCUGUCUUCGUGACUGCCCCUAGAGGUGUUACUAGCCAGCAAAGUAAGAACUGCCUUUUCUCUGAAAUGGCAGUGUUUAUAGUGCUAACACUGCAGGGGCAUGCUGUAGACACCAGAAACCCUACAUUAAGGCAUUAAGCUGUAUUGGUUCUGGUGACUGGAGUGUACUUUUAAUGGAUGCAUGUGUUUUUAAGGACUUCAGAUUGAGGGCAAAGUUGCUAUUUUUUAGGGAGUUUACUCGACAUACAGGAAGAUUUAAAGUAGAAAGCAUAUAAUAGGCAUUACCUACAUACAAAGUUUCGUGGACGUAAUUUUGUUUUAUACUUUCGAUGAAUUCACUGACCAUUCCUCUUUAAAAGCUUAACAUGCAGAACUGCCAGGGGCUGUGAUGUGUACUGCAUCCAAAUGUAUUAACCUUCUGAGCUGUAAGAAGGGAUCUGUAAAUGGAUUGCAGCUUGUAAUUAGUUUCUGUUCUUCUAGGCUAAAGAUGAAAUUUAAACGGGGCAGCAUUCCACCCCUCAUGCCCCUGGAGUUUGUGGGGUGCAUUGGUGGAUGUGACGAGACCCUUCGAGAGAUUCUGGACCUUAAAUAUCUACAUGGUGGAAACAGAGUGCCCACUGCUGCUCCUCGUGAUGGGAAUCAACUUCAGGUGAACCAGAGCAGCAACCACACGUCAAACCGAGGCGGACCAGGCCGUCAGCCACCAGCCAAAAAGGACAAACAACCUGCACUGGUGAUGCCUGCUGUCCCAAGAGGCCCUCUGGCCAACACCAACAACAGUGACAGUAAUGAAGUAGUCUGUAAUUGUGGUGUGAGUGCAGUGCAACUAACAGUGCGUAAAGAGGGACCCAAUCAGGGCCGGCCCUUCUACAAGUGCAAUGGGGGUGCAUGCAACUUCUUUCUGUGGGCGGAUCAAGAAGGUGGAGCCAGCAGGACUACGCCACCUUCACAGUCCUCUACAACACGCCCCUCAGGUGCAUUCACCAAUCCAAGGCAGCCCCAGGACAGCUUCAGGCCCAGAGGGGGGAGUGAAGACUCGGGAGCUGGGGGAGAGGCUGUGUGUAACUGCAACCAGCCAGCAGUAACCCGUACAGUUCAGAAAGAUGGCGUGAACAAAGGCAGACAGUUCCACACCUGCGCUAAGCCCAGAGAACAGCAGUGUGGCUUUUUCCAGUGGGCGGAUGAGAAUGUCCCUCCAGGUGAGAAAUCAAGGUGGGGUAAGGUGGCAUCUUGUGUGUUCCUUGAAUAUCUUACUGCAUUGCCAUUUACCACCAGCUGUCAUGGGUGACCAAUUAGGCAUAUUCUCCAGCAAUGCACAGUAGAUGCUUAUCGCGUGUCCCUGCACUCUGUAUAUUCCAGUCCCUUACAGACUGGUCUGUACACGUACCAAGCAGGCUAGCUGUCAGGAUUAAAUGGGCAUACUCUUCAAACUGGUAAGAGUUAUAUUUGGUGUACAGAGUAAUGUUAGGUAUGCGGUUUACCAAUGUAAGCAGUGAUUUGAACCAUUGGAUUUAAAACUUGCCCUUUUGUCCUCAGAAAAUAAUUCAUUUAUUUAUCCUUGUAAAAUGUUCCUUUCAUAUUCUUCCUUUCUUCUAGGCUCUUCAACCAACUUCUCAAGCUCGUUUGGAGGGGGAUCAAGUGUGAGAGGUUCAGGAGCCAAAAACAAGCGCUCAGAUUAUGGUUCAGAAAGAGGGCCUACAGCAAAGAAGCCACGGACAUGUGGUAUCUGCCAUCAGACAGGACACAACCGGACAAACUGCCCCCAGAACCAAUGACAUCCUUUAUAUUUUUUUAUUUUUAUAUAUAUAUAUAUAUAUAUAUAUAUAUAUAUAGUGGCCUAUCACAACCAAUACUGGCUACAAUGUCCAAAACUUUAUUAGUAGAAACUUUAGUAUUUUAUAUUUCAGAGCAUAUAUUUUAAGAAUAUGUUCUCCAUUUUCUAAUGCAACGUGAGACUUGUAAAAGGGGGGGACACGCUUAAAAUUGAAACCACCUUUACUUUCAAACAGAUAAGUAUCAGGCACCAUGCAAAGAGAGUCAAAGAAUGUGAUCCCGCAGUUAACUUGUUCUAGACCAGGGUUGAUUGGUGCUGAAAGGGUUAAUUUGAGAGACAGAACCGCUUUAUAUGAAUGUAUGUGUCUUUUUAUGUGGCUGUUUGUGCUCUAUUGGAAAAUGGGGGUAAGCUUAAGUACAAGUCUGUAUUUUCCAUUUACUCGAUCAGGAUUGAGAGCCAUUUUCUUUAAAUAUAUUGGUAAUCGUAUCUUCUGCUGUCCCUGCGAAGAUCUCCUACACUAUUUCAUUUCCAGCAAUUAAUAUUACAAAUUCUUAUUGGUUUGGUGGUGGUGAAAACCAAAAGAAGUUGGUCUGAUUUAUCAAUUAGUAUUAAUUAGUUGACGUUUGUGUGCUAUUCACAAAUACAUUUUAGGAACUAGGUCUGAUAGAAAGCCUUCCAGAUUAAAUGAAUACCAUAAUGAGCACACGCACUUUGAAAAGUUGGAUAAAGCACAAGGAUGUACAUUUAUAGAGGUGACUGAGUAUCAUGGGAGUUGUAGUGCUUGUUGGCUUAUAACCAUUGAAAUGCUAUGGCAUACCUGUUUUUAAAAAUGGAAUGUUUCACACAUUUAUACUGGGGUGUUAACCUUGAAAUAACCCGAGUUCCUAGGAAACCUUACAUUACUCAUGCCCAACCUACAUUUUGCCUAGCAGUUCAGAGAUUCCCCACCACUACUGUUACAUAUUCCAUUCAACAUUGCAACAGCCAAUCUGCAUGAACACAUGGGAUAUUCAAACAGCUAUGGAAAACUCUAUUUAUCAUAUCUGAGAAUGCUCCAAUUUUGAGCUGACUUGUACAUUACUGGGUUUGUUCCUAUGUUCAAUACUAAAAAAAAACAAAAAACUUUCAAUAUGAUUUAAUCUUGCUAUUUUUUUUAAAAUUGUGGUUUUUAACUUUUCAAUUAUUUUUUUUGUCUAAUUGUUUGUAAAUAUUCAAAUAAACUUUGAAAAAAGUUUUAUAAAGAACAUAUUUCUAGGAUGAUACAGCAUUUCUUUAAAAGACACUUGUAAUAGUUAUUGUGCAGGAGUGCAGCCUGUUAUUGCUGUUCGUUUGUAAAAGUAAAAUCCCUUUUUAUUUCCGUGGCUGGACUUAAACUGAUUGAAAAUCUGUUGAUCGAACAUUGGAGAGCAGCACUCAAAAAUCUUUCUAAACUCCUUCAACUGUUUAUUUCAAUCUGAAAGUAAUAGUUUUUUUUCUGUAUCAUUGUAUGGAGUACUGGAAAAGCAAACCAAGCACCAUGACGCUGUCCACCUAUAAAAUCUUCAUUGCCUUGGAAGCAUGUCCAUUAACUCAGGGCUAUGGCUUGCAUUGGACAUGUUACCGAGUUACCGGGUAUUUUAACACGUUCUAUGCUUUGUUUUGUGUGAUCUAUAUGUUGAAUGUGGUUGCAGGGACUUGAUGACUGACCUGCAACUAUUAUGCCAAAAAUAAAACUAACAAAAACUCCAAUACUAUAGAAACUAUAUAUAUAUAUAUUUAUUUUUUCCUCCUCAUAAAACCCUUAAGUUCUAAAUGUUAU